AUGUCUGAGGAAAAGCAUGGCUUCCGCGCCUUCAUCUCCCAUGCUCUGCGGCCCAAGAAGUCGCGGCAGGUGCUGCGCAAAAAGAACUUCAGCGCCUCGUCGUCCGACCUGUCCACCACCACCACCUUGAGGACCCUGACCAAGGACGACGAUGUCCCUCCCUUGCCGUCAUUGGCACCUCUACAGGCCCACAAUGCCAAAUACCGCAGCGUCCAUUCUCAGCAAGAUACACAGCUAGGUGAAGUCCUCGAUCAUACCGCCGUAAUCCAUGCCAUCGGCCUCCAAAACUUCGAUACCGACAGCGAUGCCGAUGGCUUCAACAUCCGCGACAACCGGCCACCCGGCGAGCCCCUUAUUGCCCUCCUCCCCAACGAUCUCUGGAUGUCAAUCGCAGAUUUCCUCACUCCCGCUGACGCUGCCAAUCUCGCCCUGGCCAGCAGAACCCUUUAUUCCCGACUCGGCCUGUUACCAUGGCGCUUCCUUAGCCAACCCGAAAACACCGACGACCGCGCCGACUUUCUUGUCUCUCAAGACAGAUACUACCCUCAUCACCUUCUUUGCUUCCCAUGCGGCCGAUUUCACGUCCGCACCAAAGAAGGCCACGAAACACUCCAACCCGCGAACGUCCUAAACCCCCUCUUCAACUGCCCCAACAUCCGCAACAACCUCCGCCCUCCUGCCCGCCACCGAAUUACCCACGGCCGCACCCUCCCUUUCACCUUCGUCCAACUUGCUUGCCGCCCCGCCCGCUUCAAGUCCCCUCUUUACGGCAUUCCCGACCCGACAACCCUCAGCCGCCGCUGGCGGCGCAACGACUGGUCCCACCAGUCCCGAUUCCUCGUCCACAAUGGCCACCUCCUCAUGCGCGUCAUCUCCUCUACCUUUGCAGAACCGGGCCUCCCACCUUCCUCGCAGCGCCUCCUCCUCUACUCCCGCGAUGACUACUGGCCAUACUUCUCCGCCUGCGCUCACUGGCGCGACGGUGAACUAAUGUCCGUCGCCAAAUGCGCGCUCACACACAUCCCCGCUACCCGUCGUACAGAGGCGCUGCAGGGCCUCGAACACCGCGCAAAGGAUAUGUACCAUGGUCGCGCAUUCAAUCCUAACGCCCUUGCCUCUCUCUGCGGCCACUGUCAGCCCAUGCGCCGCUGUCCCGAUUGCCCCUCUGAAUACCUCGUCGAAGUCAAGCUCACCGAGGAGCGCGAAGCGGGCGUGAAAUCUCGCUUUCGGCACGCGAUCGUGGUAACUCGGUGGUGCGAUCUGGGUAAUGGAACUAGCCCGCGCUUGUCAAAAGAGUGGGCGGCAUGUAACGGGGAGCUUGAAGGGUAUGACUCGUUCAAGACUCUCGGGAAACGAGCUAUAUCAGGAAUUUUCGAGUCGGCGUUUACGGAUGAGACGAUUCCUGGACAGAGGAUUAUCUCAAUGAAUCCGUCUGGAAAGAGACUUGGCGAGAAGGGAAACAGUUGGUACUAG